GGCGCCAAAAGAUGAAAUUAAACAUGCAUAAAAACUUAGAAACCCUAGAAGUGCAACCCAAUCGGCCAUCGAGAAAUUAUGGAAUCAGAUCCAAACCCUAAACCGAAUGUGAAUCACAUCGGAGGCAUACCGAUCGAGUUUCCGUACCCGCCAUACGGCUCUCAGCUGGCUUACAUGAGCAGAGUCAUCGCAACACUCGAUCGAGCGCAACGAGACGGUCAUUUUCAUGCCCUACUUGAAUCGCCUACUGGUACCGGCAAGUCAUUGUCUCUGCUUUGCUCAGUUCUUGCGUGGCAGAAGAAUCACCGCUCAAAGUCUCUGUACGGCAACAUAGAUCCUCUCGGUGGUCAGGAUGGGGGUUUUGUUCCUGAUAUGGAGCAACCGUCAGCUAAUCCGACGCCUGAUCUUUAUGAGAAGAACAAUGUGAUGCAGAAGGUUGUCAUAUACUAUGCCUCGAGGACACAUUUACAGAUUAGUCAAGUGAUCCGCGAAUUUCGGAAAACAAGCUAUCAUGUGCCUAUGGCAGUUUUGGGAUCUAGAAAACGCUACUGUAUAAACGCGAAAGUUCGUGGUCAAGAUAAUAUUGAUGAGAAAUGUAAGAUACUUCUCAAGCAGAUAAAACGAAAGAAAGUUGGUUGCAGAGAAUAUGUGAACACAACCAUGGUCAGAGCGCACCCAUCUCUCAGGAAAGGAGGCUGCUAUGAAGUCCAUGAUAUUGAAGAUCUUGUUAAAGUUGGAGAAAUGGUACAAGGUUGCCCAUAUUUUGCAGCACAAGCCAUGGCAGAAGUGGCAGAUAUAGUUUUUUGUCCAUACAGCUAUAUUAUCAAUCCACAAAUCCGACAAGCGAUGGAAAUAAAUCUUAAAGGAAAUAUUAUCAUUCUUGAUGAAGCUCAUAAUAUAGAGGACGUAGCUCGGGAGGCUGGUAGUAUAGAUGUGGAAGAAUGUGCUCUGAUCCAAUUACAGAAUGAACUGGAAAAUCUUGGUAAAAGUAAUCCGCUGAUUUAUAAGCCCUUAUAUGAAAUGAUUGAGAAUAUUAUUAGUUGGAUCAGUCUGAGGAAAAAAACCAUGGGGAAGCUUAGUUUUCAACAUAAAGCCUCAUGUUGGGGUGCUGAUAAAGCUGUAAAAGAACUUCAAGAAGCAAACAUAUCAAUGCAGUGCUUCCCAAGCUUACAAGAUUGUGCCACAAUGGCAAUUAAAAUAGCUACAGAUGCAGACCCAGAAGUUCCUCAUUUAAGUGGCACGCCCUGCAAGGUAUUAGAAGACCUCUUCUCUUCACUUACCUGCUUUUUCUCUAAAGACGGGAAACACAUAUGCGACUAUCAGCUUGUAUUACAAUGUCAUAAUAUCAACGGUGAUGCUGGACUUGAUGCUGAUGACUGGCCCUGUACUUUCAGCUUGUGGUGCUUGAACCCAGCCCUCGUGUUCAAGAACAUGUCUGAUGGUGCUCUUUCAGUGAUUUUAACAUCCGGGACUCUGUCACCGAUGAGCUCCUUCCAGUCGGAACUUGGGAUUCAGUUCGGAACCUCUCUUGUGGCUCCACAUGUAAUUAACGUGGACUCACAGCUAUGGGCUGGUGUGAUCCACCAAGGCCCAAAUAAUUACCCGUUGAAUGCAAGCUACAAAACAUCAGAAGCUCACGCUUUCCAGGAUGCACUUGGCACAUCGCUGGAAGAAAUAUGCAAAGUAGUUCCUGGUGGAUGCUUAGUAUUCUUCCCAAGCUAUAAGCUUAUUGACAAAUUACUCAGUCGCUGGUCUCACACAGGACAAUGGUCUCACCUAAAUGCACAGAAACCCGUUUUUGUUGAGCCAAGAGGAGGGAAGGAUGAAUUUGAGAAUGUUCUGAAAGGUUAUUUUGAUACCAUUCGUCAAGGCAAUAAACCCAUGACUGGGAGGAGAAGGGGUUGUUGUAAUGCAAUAAAGAGUGAAGGGAACUCAAACGGAGCUACAUUGCUUGCUGUUUGUCGAGGAAAGGUCUCAGAAGGAAUUGACUUCUCGGACGAUUAUGCUCGAACAGUUAUAAUUGUGGGGAUUCCUUUUCCAAAUGUGUUUGAUAUUCAAGUAGCAGAAAAGAAGAAAUACAAUGAUACAUUUAAAUCUUCUAAAGGCCUUCUUAGCGGCAAUGAGUGGUACUGUCAGCAAGCCUUUCGAGCACUUAAUCAGGCAGCAGGGCGUUGUAUCCGACACAGGUUCGACUAUGGAGCCAUAAUCUUCCUAGAUGAGCGCUUUCGUCAAGAAAAAAAUUUAACCUACAUUUCAAAGUGGAUAAGAAGUUCUAUUAGACAGCAUGACAGUUUUGAGCAGUCUUUAGAGGGGUUAAAGUCGUUUUUCAGAGACGUCAAGGUUGAGAAUAAUGGAAGUUCUAAGAAGCCGAUCAAUGUUACACCUAUCGAUGUUGAGGAGCCAAGAAACUGGUUCAAAGAUAUGAAGAACGGUAAUUUAACUACGCCCAACGUGAAAAGAGAAAGAUCUGCGUCGGAGGGUGUCACAGCACCAGAAACAAUGGGACAGGCUGAGAAUAGCGGAAGUUCUAUGAAGCCGAUCAAUGUGGAACCUAUUAAAGUUGAAGAGCCAAUAAACUGGUUCACAGACAUGAAGAACCGUAAAUUAACUAAGCCCAACCUGAAAGGACAAACGAUGAGUGACAACAAAACUGGUAUAGCUUAUGUUGACUUGGAAGAUGAUUUGGAGACCCAAGAUAGGUGUUCAUCACCAACGCCGAUUAUAUUAUCUCCUGAUGAUUUUAAAGAACCCCCAAGAGAUAAUGACCAUGAGCCGUUAAUCAAGAAGGAAACAUUGAGAGAUAAUGCCGAUGAGCCGAUUAUAUUAUCUCCUGAUGAAACCCCGAGAGACAAUGACCAUGAGUUGUUAAUUAAGAAGGAAACACCGAUUAAGGAAAAUUACCCCAUUACUCUUGAAUCUGACUCUGAGCAUGAGCAGUCUAAUUCAACCAUAUUCCAAACAAAGUUUCCAGAUCAGAAGUUACCCCAUUCCUUUUCUUCGCCUUGCUCUACUUCUGCUUCGGGAAUCAUGCAUGCAUUCGUGACUCCUAAAAAACAACAAAUAUCUCAAAACAGAUCACCUUUGCUAGAUAUGAGUGUCAAUUCACGGUUUCAUAAAAGAAGAAAGCCUUCAGUAGUGAAAAUGGAACCGUUGGAUCCUCAAUCUUGCAUUCUGGAAGUACCAGAUACAUCAUCUACCGAUGCUAUGAAGAAAGACGUAAAAAUAUCGUGUUCAAUUUGUAGACAUCCUUUAGGUUUGGAGGAUAAUAAUUAUAUUGUUCCUUGUUCAAUAAUGUCAUUAUCUAUGGUGCAUUUGGCUUCAGUUUGGAAAGGGGAGUUGGAGAAGGGCCCCACAAGAAGUGUGCCUGUUAUGGUAUCUGACAUUACAUCAGUUGAUUCAAGAAUAAGUUGUGAAGAAGAAGAAGAAAUAUGGAGUAAAGAAGAUGGCUGUGUGUAUAAUAAAAUUCUCUGCACUUUCUGUAGUAACUGCCUUGGCUUGCGUGUUGUUGCAAUUACCAAUUCAUCCAAUGUGCAGCUUCUAAACAAGGCGCUGUUUUAUUCUGACAGACUGGAAAUCCAACAUAUUGAUACAUCAGUUAAUAAGAUGCGACUACCGAAUAAAUAUUGAUACCUACAGUAGUGUAAAUUUUAAACAGAUAACAAUGAUUGAUUUUGUGGAAGAUUGAAUCUCAAGCGGGCCAAUGAAAAUGACAACGAGUUAGGGAUCUUUUUUUACUUUUCACUCUGGUGGUAUGUUGACUUUUAGUUGAAAAGUUGUGUAUUACCAACUUUAGGAGGUGUUUAGCUAAGUUUUUCCACACCUCCUUAUAACCUAUUGACUUAGUUUAUUUAUUUAUUUAUUAUUGUUACACCUCUAUUGUUUGUUGACUGACCUGGUUAAAUUUCAUUUUGCAGCAU